AUGGGACAAUCUCUAACCACUCCCUUAAGUCUGACUCUAGGUCACUGGCGCGAUGUUCGAGCACGCGCGGACGAGAAAGGAGUUGACAUCAAGAAAAAGACAUGGCAGCUCCUUUGCACUUCUGAGUGGCCCACUUACCAUCCUUCAUGGCCAAAGGAUGGUUCUUUUAACACUGAUGCUAUUUUACAGAUAAAACAACGGGUGUUCUCCAUCGGACCCCAGGGACACCCCGACCAGAUUCCAUACGUCACCGUUUGGGAAUCCCUGGCCAGAGACCCGCCGGUUUGGGUUUCUCCUUUUAGGAAGAGCACCCCGGAUACGAGGCGGAGGAACCUGAGGAAGAAGGACCAGACAGCACCACUUCCGCCGGGGCCACCAGAAAAGACCCCUCGCCUCGCCGCCUUCGCGGCAGACGAGAACACCAGGAGACAGUCUCCCAAGCCUUCCCUCUUCGACAGGGGGGGAAAUGGCCAAUACCAAUAUUGGCCAUUUUCAGCCUCUGAUUUAUAUAACUGGAAAAACCAUAACCCGCCUUUCUCCAAGGACCCGGUUGCCCUUACGGCCUUGAUUGAGUCUAUUCUGAUUACCCAUCAGCCCACCUGGGACGAUUGCCAGCAGCUCUUGCAGGCACUCCUGACCUCGGAGGAGAAGCAACGAGUCUUUCUAGAGGCUCGCAAGAAUGUCCCGGGACCAGAUGGGGCCCCUACCCUACUCCCCAAUGAAGUAGACGCCGCUUUCCCCUUGGAUAGACCCAACUGGAACUAUGACACAGCAGCAGGUAGGGAGCGUAUCCGUCUCUACCGUCAGCUUCUCAUAGCGGGCCUUCGAGGCGCUGGACGCCGACCGACUAAUUUGGCUCAGGUGAGAGCAGUUACUCAAGGGGCAGAGGAAACUCCAGCAGCCUUCUUAGAGCGCCUUAUGGAGGCAUAUCGCAUGUACACCCCCUACGAUCCCAUGAGUCCGGAUCAAAGGGGAAAUGUCUCGAUGGCCUUCAUUUGGCAAUCGGCCCCUGAUAUCAGAAACAAGUUACAGAGGCUAGAUGACUUACGAGACCGCACUCUGCAGGACUUGUUAAAAGAAGCAGAGAGGAUCUUUAAUAAGAGAGAAACUCCAGAAGAACGGGAGGACAGGAUUAGAAAGGAAAGAGAGGAGAGGGAAGAUAAGCGGGAUAGGCGGCGUACUAGGGAGUUAACUAAGAUCUUGGUCACCGUAGUUAACCAAAAUAAGCAAGAAGCAGGGAGGCCAGAUAGGAUGGGAGACAGAAAGGCUGAAGAUAAAGACCAAUGCGCCUAUUGCAAAGAAAAAGGACAUUGGGUCAAAGAUUGCCCUAAGAGGCCCAAAAAUCCAAAGAAACAGCCAACUCAGUUGCUGGCCCUAGAUGAAGAUUAGGCCAGUCAGGGCCAGGAGCCCCCCCCCGAGCCCCGGAUAACUCUACAAGUUGGGGGGCAGCCGGUCACUUUCCUAGUAGAUACAGGAGCCCAACACUCAGUCCUGACCAAACCGACAGGGCCACUGAGUAAUCGAACAACUUGGGUCCAAGGAGCAACUGGAGGGAAGCAAUAUCGUUGGACCACUGAUAGGAAGGUGCUCCUGGCUACGGGUAAGGUAACCCAUUCAUUCCUUCAUGUACCGGACUGUCCCUACCCCCUAUUGGGGAGAGACUUGCUUACUAAGAUGAGAGCACAGAUUCAUUUCGAAAAAGGAGGGGCCAAAAUAGCUGGCCCAAAAGGGGAACCUCUCCACAUAUUAACCCUACAAUUGGAAGAUGAAUAUAAAUUAUUUGAAAAACCUGCUCCUGAAAAUAUAGAAGCCCAUUGGAUCGAAAGGUAUCCCCAGGCAUGGGCUGAAACAGGAGGCAUGGGAUUGGCAACUCAACAACCGCCACUAGUAAUAACCUUAAAGGCCACUGCUACCCCAGUCUCUAUUAAACAAUACCCCAUGUCUCAAGAAGCAUAUCAGGGGAUUAAACCACACAUCAAAAGACUCUUAGACCAGGGGAUAUUAACCCCCUGCCGAUCUCCAUGGAAUACUCCCCUGCUCCCCGUGAAAAAGCCUGGUACCGGGGAUUAUCGGCCAGUGCAAGACCUCAGGGAAGUUAAUAAACGGGUGGAAGACAUACAUCCAACAGUCCCUAAUCCUUACAAUCUGCUAAGUACCCUGCCUCCAACCCAUUCUUGGUAUACCAUUUUGGAUUUAAAAGAUGCAUUCUUUUGUCUGAGACUGAGCCCACAGAGCCAAUCCUUGUUUGCCUUUGAAUGGAGGGAUCCAGAGGAAGGGAUUUCAGGACAAUUAACAUGGACCAGGCUACCACAGGGCUUCAAGAACAGCCCAACCUUGUUCGAUGAGGCCCUCCAUCAGGACCUGGCAGCCUUUCGGAAGCACCACCCGGAUCUGAUCCUACUCCAAUACGUGGAUGACCUGCUCCUGGCAGCUACAACCAAAGAGGGCUGCACACAAGGUACUGGGGACCUCUUACAGACUUUGGGAGAAUUAGGCUAUCGAGCCUCGGCCAAAAAGGCCCAGAUUUGCAGAACUAAGGUAACUUAUUUGGGUUAUCAGUUGGAAAAUGGUCAAAGAUGGCUCACAGAAGCCAGGAAAGAGACUAUUGCCCACAUUCCCGCCCCCCCCCCCCCCCCGAAGAAUGCUAGGCAACUUCGAGAGUUUUUGGGCACUGUGGGUUUCAGUCGACUUUGGAUUCCAGGGUUCGCAGAAAUUGCGGCCCCACUGUACCCCUUGACCAAGAAUGAUGCCCCUUUUGUAUGGACUGGGGACCACCAACAAGCAUUUGAGACCAUUAAGAGAUCCCUGCUGUCUGCCCCAGCCCUAGGGCUACCGGACAUUACAAAACCCUUUGAAUUAUUCAUAGAUGAGAAGCAGGGAUUUGCUAAAGGGGUCCUCACACAAAAAUUAGGACCCUGGAGGAGGCCCAUAGCCUACCUCUCUAAGAAAUUGGACCCGGUGGCAUCUGGAUGGCCCCCAUGCUUAAGAAUGAUUGCUGCCGUAGCCGUGCUCAUAAAGGAUGCUGGAAAGCUGACAAUGGGACAGCCCCUCAUCAUCUUGGCUCCCCAUGCAGUUGAAUCACUCAUUCGCCAGCCACCAAACCGUUGGCUAUCCAACUCUCGAAUGACUCAUUACCAGUCCCUCCUGCUAGAUACAGACAGGGUGCAAUUUGGCCCAGCAGUCACCCUGAACCCCGCCACACUGUUGCCUGCUCCUGAAGGGGAAACCCCACAUAACUGCCAACAAAUCCUUGCGGAAACACACGGAACCAGACCUGACCUGACAGAUCAACCCCUAAAAAGGGCUGACUUGACUUGGUAUACCGAUGGAAGCAGUUAUCUACUUAAUGGAGAAAGAAAAUCUGGAGCAGCAGUUGUGGACGGGAAACAGGUAAUUUGGGCCAGCGCCCUACCACCUGGAACUUCGGCUCAAGGAGCAGAACUCAUCGCGCUCACACAAGCCCUACAGCUGGCAGAAGGUAAGACACUCAAUGUCUAUACUGACAGUCGUUACGCUUUUGCCACCGCCCAUGUUCAUGGAGAAAUAUACCGCAGGCAGGGUCUUUUAACUUCAGAGGGAAAAGACAUUAAAAACAAGGCUGAAAUUUUGGCCCUGCUCAAAGCCCUGUUCCUCCCUAAGAAAUUGAGCAUCAUACAUUGUCCAGGGCACCAGAAAGGAGAGACUGAAAUAGCCAAGGGGAACCGCAUGGCUGAUGAAACAGCUAAACAGGCGGCUCUGGGCCCCCAACUCUUAUUAGCAACCUUAUUAACAGAUCAGGAGAAUCCAAAGAAAGACCUGGACUUCCUUGAUUACACAGAGAAAGAUUUAGACAUUGUUCAAAGAUUGGGGGCAGAUUAUGACCAUGAAAGGCAACGAUGGAUAUUUCAAGGAAAGACUGUAAUGCCUAUGCAUGUAGCAAAAGAACUUGUUUCCUACUUGCAUAAAUUGACUCACCUGAGUCCUAAGAAGAUGAAUAGGCUGCUUGGUAGACAGGAGAUGGGCAGCUAUAUACCUAAGAAAGAAACUUUGAUACAGCAAAUCACCAGUACCUGUAAAGCCUGUGCCCAGAUAAACGCUGGCAAAACGAACAGACCACCUGGACUCAGACUCAGGGGACACCGCCCAGGAGUCCACUGGGAGAUAGACUUUACUGAAGUUAAACCCGGCAUGUAUGGUUACCGGUAUUUAUUAGUUUUUGUAGACACCUUUUCAGGAUGGGUCGAGGCUUUCCCUACAAGGAAGGAAACAGCACAGACAGUUGUCAAGAAACUUUUUGAAGAAAUUUUUCCCCGGUACGGACUACCUAAGGUAAUCGGGACUGACAAUGGGCCUGCCUUCGUCUCCCAGGUAAGUCAGUUGGUGGCCAAGUUACUGGGGAUCGAUUGGAAAUUACAUUGUGCUUAUAGACCCCAGAGUUCAGGCCAGGUAGAAAGAAUGAAUAGAACAAUUAAGGAGGCUUUGGCAAAAUUAACGCUUGAAGCUGGCGCUAGGGACUGGGUUCAGCUCCUGCCCCUAGCAUUAUACCGGGCCAGGAAUACCCCAGGACCACAUGGAUUAACCCCUUUUGAGAUCCUGUAUGGAGGCCCUCCUCCAGCCAUAACUUUCUUUGAUUCUGAUAUCACUGACGAUGCCACCUCCCCCACCUUACAGGCCCACUUGCAGGCCCUGCAGUUGGUGCAGCAAGAAAUCUGGAAGCCCCUGGCAGCUGCCUACCAGGACUCAGAUCGGGUUCCUGUCACCCCUCACCCCUUCAAGAUAGGUGACAGCGUUUGGGUCCGGAGACAUCAGACAAAAACUUUGGAACCACGGUGGAAAGGUCCAUACACUGUACUCCUCACAACCCCAACUGCUCUGAAGGUGGACGGAAUUGCUGCCUGGAUCCACGCAUCGCACGUCAAAGCAGCCCAGCCGGAGCACCUCAUCGACAGUCCGGAUCCAGGAUCACCAUGGAUCCAAAACCCACUAAAGACUUGUCAGGGCUUAAUAUUGAUCACAACCCUGGCCCUCCUUGCCCUAGAUGCCAGGGUCUCGGGGAGCCCUCACAUACCAAAAAAACUUACUUGGCAAGUGUUCUCCCAGUCAGGGGACAUGGUCUGGUCUGUCACUGGCCUUCACCCUCCUGGGGCCUGGUGGCCUAGUCUUAGCCCUGAUUUUUGCCAGCUGGCUGCGGCGCUUGAGACAUGGGACAUAGCUGCUUUUAAAUAUGAUCAGCUAACACUUAAUAUGGAACCAACCUCAGGAGGCGAUGGGGUAGAAGGCUGUUCCAAUCUUAUUAGGCGAUGUCUUCUUGCUCCACUUGAUUUUUAUGUCUGCCCCCGGGAUGGGAGAGAUCAGGCUACUGCCCACCGAUGUGGAGGCCCUAGGGAAUAUUUUUGUGCUGCCUGGGGAUGUGAAACCACAGGUGAUGCGUAUUGGAACCCAUCCUCCUCCUGGGAUAAGAUUAUAGUCCGCCAUGGAUGGAAAAAGCCCCCCCUUGGAAAAAUACUAAAAACAGGGGACUGCAGGCAUGGAACAGGUGAAUGGUCCUGCACCUCGGGAUACUGUUUACCCCUUAACAUUUCUUUUACUCCCAAAGGAAAGCAGGAUUAUCAAAGCUGGAUAAAGGGACAUACGUGGGGCCUACGAUGGUAUAUGGGAGGAGAGAAUAGAGGAUUAAUCUUUAAGGUACACCUAAAAAUAGAUCAAAAUCAUGCCCCUGUCAGACCUAACUCCAUCCCACCCGAGAAAAAGGGACUCCUCCGGAUUGGACCCAGGCAGCAGCUAUCAAAACUACCCAAGCCUCCCCGAAGUCAGGUGCAGCUUGAUACGGCUUGGCAGCUGCAGGCUGGGGCUAUAGCAUUACACUCGAUGGGUAUAAAUCCAGCUUCUGGGAUGUGGUGGUCCCUGAUCUCUCUUUCUUGCCUGCUGACACUGGCAAAUGCCCACGAUGAGGAAUAUCAUCCUAUUAUCCCAAGAAAAAAACCUAAGACCCCCCGAGCUGCAACAAUGCCCCCUGCUGUCUUUAUAAUUAAUACAGAAGGGACCACCUCGCCUCCUAAUACUGGGGAGAGAUUGUACGAUCUGAUAGAGGGAGCAUACUCGGCCAUUAACUCCACUCAGCCGGAGUUAACACAAGCCUGCUGGCUCUGCCUGGCCCCUAGUCCCCCUUAUUAUGAAGGAAUAGCCAUAACUGGAAAUAUAACUUAUGCUAAUAGCAUCCCAGAGGUCUGCAAGCAUCAGAACAUACACAAGUUAACCCUCCCUCAAAUAGAAGGACAAGGAACAUGCUUAGGAACUGUUCCCCAAGCCUAUCAGCCUUUUUGUAACCACACACUGACACUCCCCAAAGGAAACUAUUACCUGCUCCCCCCUCCAGGGACAUGGUGGGCUUGUAAUUCGGGCCUAACUCCGUGUGUGUCAACCCAGGUCUUUGACCAAAUUGCAGACUAUUGUAUACUGGCACAGAUACUGCCCCACGUUAUCUAUCAUGCCCCGGAGACUGUUAUGGACUUUUAUGAAGGCAGUUCCCGCUCCAAAAGGGAACCCAUUACGUUGACCUUGGCUAUGCUGCUGGGGAUAGGAGGGGUUGCUGCAGGAAUAGGAACAGGGGCUGCUGCACUGGUACAAGGCAACAAGCUGGCCUACCUUCAGGACAUCGUUAGUGCAGAUUUGCAGGCCCUUGAAAACUCCAUCUCCCUGUUAGAAAACUCUCUUACUUCCCUGUCUGAAGUGGUUCUACAAAACAGGAGGGGACUAGAUCUGCUAUUCCUUAAAGAAGGGGGCUUAUGUGCGGCUCUCAAGGAAGAAUGUUGUUUCUAUGCAGAUCAUUCUGGUCAUCCAGGAUUCCAUGGCUAA